AAGAACUCAGGUCAAGUCCAUCCAGUGCAACUUUUUGACGUCCACACCACCCUCGCGUCGUCCAAAAACCCACCAGGACCCCGCCUGUUUACAUCACCUCACGCUCGUCGCUAAUCACUCGAGCCGUCAACAUGGCUGAGCAACAGACUCCUACCUUCAAGCUUGUGCUUGUUGGCGAUGGUGGUACCGGCAAGACCACCUUUGUCAAGCGUCACUUGACCGGUGAAUUUGAGAAGAAGUACAUGGCCACCCUCGGUGUCGAGGUUCACCCCCUUGGCUUCACCACCAACUACGGCCAGAUUCAGUUCGAUGUGUGGGAUACCGCCGGUCAGGAGAAGUUCGGUGGUCUUCGUGAUGGUUACUACAUCAACGGCCAGUGCGGUAUCAUUAUGUUCGACGUGACAUCCCGCAUCACGUACAAGAACGUCCCCAACUGGCAUCGCGAUCUCGUCCGUGUUUGCGAGAACAUUCCCAUCGUUCUGUGCGGUAACAAGGUCGACGUAAAGGAGCGAAAGGUCAAGGCCAAGACCAUCACCUUCCACCGAAAGAAGAACCUCCAGUACUACGACAUCUCCGCCAAGUCCAACUACAACUUCGAGAAGCCCUUCCUGUGGCUUGCCCGCAAGCUGGUUGGCAACCCCGCCCUGGAGUUUGUUGCUGCCCCCGCCCUGGCUCCCCCUACCGCCCAGGUCGACGAGGCUCUCUUGGAGCAGUACAAGAAGGAGAUGGACGAGGCUGCCGCCAUGCCUCUGCCCGGUGAGCUGUCUGAUGAUGAUCUGUAAACGAUUCGUACGACGGCGAAAAGUGUUUUAUUUGAUGAUGCUGGGACAUCCCGGAUUACUUGAGGAUUAGGCCAUCGGCAGCUGGAAUGACCGUUUAUGAUACAGGAAGGGGAUUUCCGGGUUUACAUGAGCUCGAUUGGAGAGGGCAAGGCUAUACCCUUGGUACCUCGUUGGUGGUAGAUUAUUGGGGCGUCGCCGCAAGGAGCUGCGGCAAAACCUAACCUAGCUAGACUUUUUUCAUAUUAAAGACACCUAUUUCGUACCAUUAUGCCCAAUUUUACAUUACUACUUUUUCCCUGGCUC